AUGUCACAUUCGGAAGAGUAUUCAAACAAUAUCGACGAUCAGUUGUUGAGCGUGGCGAAACAAGCUGAAGGUGUAGUCGUUGAGCCAACGUCUGCCCACCAUCAUGACUUGGAGGCCACUAGAGAGAAGUUGGAACAAAUUGCACAUGCUGCAGCUCUCUCGGAGAGAGAUCAACAACAAAAGCAACACUUACAACAGCUGCAUCACUCUCACCAUCAGCCGCUGCACCAACAUGGUCACCCUCAGCAUAACCAAUUUCAGCACUUACAACAACAAACCCCCAAAGGGUACGAUCUUCAUGGCGAUGGCCAGUUACAUCAUCAAUAUAAUCAGCAAGAUGUCGAUGAAUCAGAAUAUAACAUCCAGAUUCCCGAACCAAUCAUAGAUGCAAAAUCUAAGAUUUACCCCGUCACUGAGAACACCAUAACAGCAGAAGGCAAUUUAAUAACAAGGCCCUACCCAGAACAAGUUUUUCAAAAUCGAGACGACUUGAAUGAUUUCAUUCAAGAAUUUGCGAGAGACAAUGGGUUUGGCGUUGUGAUAGCCCAUUCAAAUAAAAAGGCUAUCUAUUAUACUUGUGAGUUAGGUGGUCGUUACAGACACAAGAAGUCUAAAAAGGAUAUGGAAGCUGCUAGGCAAGUUGAUGUUGGUAAUGGGUAUUUGCUAGAUCCAAGUACGAAAACCAAAAAGUUGAGAUGCCCUUUUGCGAUGACUGCUAGCUAUAAGAAGUCGACUGGUGUUUGGACUCUAAAGACGACCUGUAAUGAGCACAAUCAUCCUCAAUUAGACCCAUUGUCGAAUCAUCCUAUGUUGAGAAAGAGGUCAGAUGAGUUGAAUUUACUAAUUUUGGACUUAUAUAAGGUUGGUACGAAACCGUCUCAUAUUGAAUCUAAAAUUAAGGACCAAUAUCCUGAUGUUUUAAUUAAGCGUGAAGAUAUCUAUAAUGAAAUAAGAGGCUACAAAAGAAAGUUAAAAAAACAAAAUAGAUUCUUAAACAACAAUUCUCAAAGGCUCCCACAUAAGAAACGUAAUGCAAGUUCUUUUCAUCAAGUAUUGGACGACGAUGAUGACGAUCAUCCAACUAACGAACAGGUAUUGGAGUACGAGCUUCAGCAGCAACAUCAACAACAGCAGGAUGCGGAAUUGCAACGUCAAUUGCACCAAGCUGCCGCAGCUGAAGCAGCGCACCACCAUCAUCAAUUGGAUGAACACCAGUAUCAACAAUAUCAACAGCAACUCCAAGAGCAUGGGAUACAUAGCGAUAAUGAUAAUACGGCAGCGGCAGCCAUAGCAGCAGUUGCAAAUGCUACUCAUCAUCGCAAUGAUGGUAGUGAAUUAUCAAUGGAUAACAUAGACAGCAGAUUGGUUGGUGAGUGA